CUUUAUAAAUUUUUUUUAUGGCCAAAAACAAGUAAAUUUUUAAAAUUAGAUAUAUAAUAUUAGUCCAAAACAAAAAGGGCAUUCAAUGGAGGCACGUCUGUCCCCAUAUAAAAAUCCGUAGGCAGACCCGUACUUCUCUUUCUCAGUUCUUUCUAGGUAUCUUCUUUUUUACUACUUGUUUCUUGUAACCUAAGUAAAGACGAAAGCAGGGUUUUUUGUUGGCCAAAAACGAAAGCGGAGUUCCUUGGAACAAAAGAAAAUCAAACCCAAAAAAAUUUACAGUUUCUUAGAGCAUAUAGAGAAAAGCCCUGUUCUUGAUUAUUCUGGUUAUUUUUCUUUUGAAGUUGGUUUUUUCGAGUAUGGGAUUUGCUGGUGAUCAAGAUACAAAGGUGGGUUCAUCUUUGUCUUUAGAUUCCUGUAGAAAAAGGAAGAGACGUGAUGGUUUAUCUAUUGCUGACACUCUCAAGCUCUGGAGUGAAAAUCCUGAGGCCAAACAAGCCCGUAAAGCGCCUGCCAAGGGUUCGAAGAAGGGGUGCAUGAAGGGGAAAGGAGGGCCUCAGAAUCAGACUUGUAACUACAGAGGUGUUAGGCAGAGGACUUGGGGUAAAUGGGUGGCUGAAAUCCGAGCACCUAAUCGAAGGAAGAGACUUUGGCUUGGUACUUUUUCUACUGCUUUGGAUGCUGCUAUGGCUUAUGAUGAAGCUGCCAGGACAAUGUUUGGUGAAAAAGCGAUCCUGAAUAUGCCUCAUGUUUCAGAUUCUGACUCUGUUGCAACUUCUUCGGUUUCACACCCGUUUUGGGGGGCUACUACUACUUGUGCUGGUUAUGACUCCAUGACUGUUGCAUCAAGCAACUGUGAAACUUGUGACAAAUAUGUGGGUGCUGAAGGUGAAACAACUAGGAUCAAUCUGGAGUUUCCUGUUGAUUCUGAAGCUCCAUCGACAAGUGGUGCAAUGAAUUUGACAGUGAAUGAAGAAGCACAAGGCGUGAGCGAUGCCAAGGAGGCAAACCCACAAGAUGAGUGUAUGAAGGAGACAGAUUAUAGCUGCCUUGAUGGAUUGAAGUUCUUUGAUGAUAUUCCAGUGGAUUUUGCAGGGCAGAGUGGCUGGUAUGAUGGAUUUUAUAAUGAGGAGGAGGCUUUUAAUAUAGAUGAACUUUGCGUUAACGUGAAUCAGAGCUGGAUAUACAAUUGGUAAUGGGGCAAUUAUCCCACGGAAAAUCCUGUAUCUUUUGGUAGUUUUGGUAAUUAUUACAAAGUUCAACAAAUUUUCUACUUGUCUCAAUUAUUGCACGAGUAGUUCAUUUUUUAAGAAAUUUAUAAUUUUUUUGUUCAAAAAAUCUUAGAGCUGUAGCGGAUCCAGAUAUUGUAAUAUCAGGUUGAAAAGUGUUUAUAAUCAAAGCCUAAACAGACAAAGCUUUCAAUUUCGUAA